GCUUAGCUCAAUCGUAGGUUUGCGGAAAAAUUGACGUCGGUCCUAUCGGUGGGGAGUCCCAUUUGCAGUACCAUACAAGGAGGUACGAGUGUGUAUUCGUAUCGGGAUCGUCUAAUUGUUCAGCCCUAGAUCUCACAACAACCGCCAUGGUUGCCUCCAAGGUGACACAAAAGCUGUCCAGUAUCGCUUCGUCGUGGCCUGUUGAUCCAUUUCGUCCGAAUAUCCAACUCAAGAACUUUCUGAAAUCCCUCUCUGCGCAUCCCAAGCUAACCUCUGAGGCCGUCCAGGCAGCACAGCUACUGCGGGACAAUGCCAUACAGAAGAAGUACGCACUGUCAACUAAAACCCUUCAGCCGGCUUCUAUGCCAAGACACUAUGAACGGCUUGUGGAGGGAUAUGAAAGGAGUGCAAGAGGUGCAGGAAGACCUUGGUGGAAAGUCUUUUUUGGAGUAUGGAAAUGAUCAUGAGUAGCUUUUCGCCUCGCUGGACUACGGUUGUUCUCGCGUGAGUUUAUUCUGCUCGGCGCCUUGUGGAGCGGAAGACUUACCAUCUAGAAGCUCAGAGUAUGUAUAGAAUUCGGGACCUUACCAUGGUAUCCUAACCUGAGAAUAGAUAUCAAGGUCUGCACGAAACCGAAUUAGCAUCCCUAGUUAUCCAGUCCUGAAGUCCUCGGAUCCAUCCAUCCAGGCCCAUUCAGGCUUAGACCUAUCAGCAUCAUGAUUGUUCGAACUCUUAUAUCUCCAUCACUUCGCCAUAACUUGAUGGUGAAACAUCUGGCUGUCGUUAUAUUUGGUGCUAACAAUGCCGCUUUGCGACUCUGCAGUCCUCUUGGACAUUUUAAUUUCACCUCAUAAACCGCA